GGCUGGGUCGGGACUCGGAGCCAUUACUGUCGGAAAAGGUCCUGCAGAGCUGAGCAGCCAAGAUGUGUGACUUCACCGAGGACCAGACCGCAGAGUUCAAGGAGGCUUUCCAGCUGUUUGACCGAACAGGUGAUGGCAAGAUCCUGUACAGCCAAUGUGGGGACGUGAUGAGGGCUCUGGGCCAGAAUCCUACCAACGCCGAGGUGCUCAAGGUCCUGGGGAACCCCAAGAGCGAUGAGAUGAACGUGAAGGUGCUGGACUUCGAGCACUUCCUGCCCAUGCUGCAGACUGUGGCCAAGAACAAGGACCAGGGAACUUAUGAGGACUAUGUCGAAGGCCUUCGUGUGUUCGACAAGGAGGGGAAUGGUACCGUCAUGGGUGCUGAAAUCCGGCAUGUCCUUGUCACACUGGGAGAGAAGAUGACAGAGGAGGAAGUGGAGAUGCUGGUGGCGGGUCAUGAGGACAGCAACGGUUGUAUCAACUAUGAAGGUGAGUGUCCAGCUGUCAACUGGAGCCUUUGAGGAGGAAGUGGUCUUAGGGCACGUUAAGGACGGCACCUGAGGUGUUUUCUCCCUAGAUUUGGUUCCAGAAAGGAGUCAAGGGGCAAGGUCCAGUCCAGCCUGGGAGGGGGCUGUUGGGUACACAACGAUGACAGAAGGGUGGGUUAUGAGUGGGAAGCAAACAGAACGUCUGUCCCCCACUGCUGACCCCUUCACCCAUGUCUGUGUCUUCACCAUUAAUGUCUCU